AUGCUGUCCAUGUUCUCGCGCAGCCGCGCAGCUGCAUCCUCGUCGUCAGGGCCAGAUGCAGCGCGGAUAUCACAGGAUACCGACGAUGCCACGCUCGCCGAAUUCAGCCGCAUGGCGCACGAGAUGGGGGUCGGUGGCACCUACGAACGCAAAGUGGCGCUCAUCAACCGCGCCAUCAAAGAGGAAAUCGGCUUUGGACGCUUCCAGGUCUGGCUCACUUUCCUCGCUGGGUUCGGCUGGUUCGUCGACAACAUCUGGUUCCAAGCGCUGUCCAUGUCGCUACCUCAGAUCAAGCUCGAGUUCACUCCCACACAUGUCCAGUUUGCCACCCUCGCACUCUACACGGGCCUGCUCAUCGGUGCCACCUUUUGGGGCUUCAUGUCGGACGUCAUCGGCAGACGGCCAAGUUGGAACAUCACGCUGUUCAUUUCGGCCGUGUUUGGCAUUGCUGUAGGGGGCGCACCCAACUUUGUCGCGUUCGGAGCCUUGUUGGCGUGCUUGGGACUGGGACUGGGCGGCAAUCUGCCCGUGGACGGCGCAAUGCUCAUCGAGUUCAUCCCUUCGACACAUCAAUGGAUCCUCACCUUCCUCUCGGUCUUUUGGUGCUUCGGUCAGCUGUUUGCAGCUUUCAUUGGAUGGGCGUUCAUCACCAACUACCGAUGCGAGACGGCCGAUGCUUGCCCGCGAAGCUCCAACAUGGGCUGGAGAUAUACCUGGUUCCUGCUCGGGGCUGUCACCUUUGUCAUGUGGGUGGCUCGCUUCUGGGUGUAUCCCAUCCCUGAGUCGCCCAAGUUCCUCAUUGGCAAAGGAAGGGACGAGGAGGCGCUCGAGGUGAUUCGCUUCAUCGCGGCUCAGAACGGAAAGAACACAACUCUGACCUUGGAACAGCUCAAAGCGGCGGGCGAAGGUGUCACACUGUCGAUCAACACGCUCGAUGCCAACGAGAAGAAGCUUGCUCGCGACGACGACGACGAGGCAAAAGUCGGUCUCGGCGCUCCAAAGAAGAAAGAGGGCGACGACGCUGAAGCACACAUUCGAUCGGCACAUGCUGCUGCUACGACAACAACAACAACUACCACCACCGCCGACGCCGCGCCCGUUGCAGCUGUAUCGCGUACGCUCAAAGGUCGAUUCCUCUCGGCGUCCGAUCUGUCGCAACUGCGACGCUCGCUCUCGGACUUUGAUGCACGCCACCUCGCUGCGCUCUUUGCGACGCCGCGCAUGGCGUGGAACACAACACUCAUCUGCUCGUUGUGGGGGUUGAUCGGCCUCGCCUAUCCAUUGUACAACGCGUUCAUCGCGCUGUACCUGCAGAACGCCGGAGCGAAUCAAGGCGAGACCACACAGGCGGAACAGUACCGCGAUCUGGUCAUCAUCGCCGCGUGCGGCAUCCCCGGCUCCUUUGUCGCUGCUGCGCUCGUCGAGCUGCCCUAUGCCGGCCGACGCGGGACAAUGGCGCUGUUCACGAUGCUGACCGGGUUGUUCCUGUUCCUGUUUACAACGGCUCGCACACCGGCGGCUGUGCUCGGCUGGAACUGCGCGACUAGUCUGACGCAGAACGCCAUGUACGCUGUGCUCUACGCGAUCAGCUACGAGGUGUUCCCGGCGCCGAACAGAGGUACUGGCGAUGGGUUGGCCAUGUCGGUGCAGAGGGUCUUCGGCGUGAUUGCGCCGAUUGUGGGCGCGUAUGCUGGCAGCGCACCGACCACGCCGAUUUACGUCAGUGCGAGCUUCUUCAUUGCUGCGGCCGUGCUCAUGCUCUUCUUGCCGUAUGAGACAAGGGGGAGAUCUGCUUUGUAG